AUGUGCCUCUGCUGGGGUACGCCCUACAAGGCGUUUAUGAUCGAGGGUCCCAAGAAGGAGAAAGAGAAAGAGAAGGAGAAGGCGAAGGAGAAGGAGGAGAAGAAAGAUGAGAACGUGCAGUUCUAUCUGGUGCAGCCCGGAGACCAGUUUGUUCCUGUUUCUCCCUUCGUCGUCUGUUUUCAUCACCAUCUCCAAUCUUUCCCGCUUCUCAUCUACAUACGGCUGAUUGGCCGCCCUUGCAUGGCAGCGUUCUAUUUCACCACCGCCAUAACCCAGCAACAGCAGCCUUCCCAGCCCACCGUCUACACCUACAUCCCUCUCCAGAAUCCCGCCCAUCCACACUACGCUGCGGCUCAAGCUGCCAACCCCUAUCCUGGCAAUGUCAUUGGGAACCAUAGCAUGGGCCAAGGAAAUAAUAACCCUGAUGCAGCACCCGUUGCUGCAACUAUUCAGGUUGUUAUGCAAGGACAAACCGCAGUCAAUCCCGCCCAAGUCAUACCCUGGCCUCAGCAGCAAGUUGCCGUGGUCACCCCUCAACCACAACAAUUUGUAGGAUGGGCCGCCCCUGGCGCUGCUGCUCCACAGCAGCAGGUAUGGUUUGCGCCCAACCCCCAGCAGCUCCAGGCACAGAAAGAAACCGCUGCAGAGGCCAAAGGAACUAAUGUCCCAUGCCAGCUGAUUCCCUAUCACCCCAAAACCGGCCAGACUUGGUGGGUGCGUCACCUCGACGGGACCUGGGCUCAACGGACUACCACUGACAUUCACACUAAGCUCCAUGGCCAGUGGCGAACCUCGAACCAAGGGGUUCCAUAUUUUGAAAUUUUGGCCAAGUUUGGGUCAUAA